AUGGCUCAUUCGACCUCAACACUCGCUGUGCCUGUUGCAGGAACUCUGUUUCUUGCCAGCGCCAUCUACUUUUACUAUGAAAACAAGAAAAAGCUAGAUUCUCUCCCUCCAAGAGCACCUGGAUAUCUACCUGUACUUGGACACUUGUUGCAACUCGUGAAGCCUAUUCCCAUUCAGCAACUAUUCUACAAGUGGAGCCUUGAAGCUGGUCCCAUCUUUACCUGCUAUUUCGGAACGCAGCGCUGGAUUGUAUUGAGCUCUGUUGAAACAAUUCGCGAUCUGAUCGUUGAUCGUGGCACUGUCUAUUCCUCAAGAAACUUGCCAGAUACACUUGUUCAUGACUUUAUGCAAGGAGACGAAGGUGGAGGUUUUGCUUUCUUUCCUUAUGGUGCUAGCUGGCGUAGAUUACGUCGUAUUGCACAUGGUGGUUUAGUCAAAAAUAAAAUUAACGAGUAUCAGCCGAUUCUGGAUGAUCGCCGCACUGUAUUGCUCUCUCAUCUGUACAACUUGAGUUAUGAUAAAGCAAACCUCUCUGGCCAAGGUGUUCGAUUGUCCAAUCUAAUUGAGCACUAUACAAUGACCAGCAUUCUUGCCAUCGCAUUUGGAGACAUGUGCAACUAUCAGCCUGGUGAUCCUGCCCUGCAUAAUGCGUUUACAAUCACAGAAAGAGCUGCCAGCACCAUAAGCCCUUCUGAUCAGAUCCGCGAGUUCUUUCCUAUUUUGAAGACGAUUUGGCCAGUAAAGAGAGCAAAGUAUCUUGAUAUUCGCCAUGAACAGAUUGAGUUUUACGGUAAUUUAUUGGAGCAAUUCAAGGCUAAAAUGGAAAAGAACAGUGAUGUUGUGCCUGAUUGCUUUGUCAAGGAGAUUAUGAAGUUGAAUGAACUUACGGAUUUGCAGAUUAUGAACUUUGUGGGCAUCUUUGUGGGCGCUGGCUCAGACACAUCAACAUCAACACUGGAGUGGAUGCUGGCUUUCUUGGCAAACCAUCCCGAGGUUCAAGAUAAAGCAUUCCAGGAGAUCAAAGGCACGGUUGGCUUGGAAAGACUUCCUGAAGCCCAAGACGAGCCCAUGCUUCCCUAUUUGCAAUGCAUUAUCAUGGAAACCCUUCGUAUGCGUCCUCCUGCUCCUAUUGCUAUUCCUCAUGCUACCAGCAAGGAUGACGUUUACAAGAACUGGUUCAUUCCCAAAGACACAAUCAUUGUCAUGAACCUGUUUGCCGUUCAUCAAGAUGAAGCACGGUAUCCUGAUGCACAUGCUUUUAGGCCUGAACGUCAUAUGAGCUAUGUGCUGUCGAGUCGAGAACGCAAAGUAUUUACACAAUCUGUAGAGGAUCGUCCUCAUCUCAGUUUCUCCACUGGUCGUCGUGUCUGUGUCGGCAUUCAUUUAGCUGAGCGCAACUUGUAUAUGGCUACCUCCAUGUUGCUAGCUAGCUUUAAAUUCGAGACGACGGGUGAUCCUAUCAAUGUAGAUGUCCCAAGAGAUGUGCGUGCUGCCACUUGGUCUCCUUCUACGUAUAAUCUACGCUUAAUCCCAAGACACGAAAACGUCAAACAGUUGACUUAA